UGAUUUGGCAAACAUUCCUCAACCUUUGAUAAUAUGGAUGUAUUGAACAACAAUCCGUGGUAACUCUGUCAAUUUACUUCUUCCACUAUAGCACUGCUGCCUGCAGCACGUGGAAACAAACUGGGAAAAGCAAGGAUCUCUGGACGGAGAUCUAGUUCGCCAUGCUUUGUGCUACCUGCAUUGGAAUGGUUCUGAAGCCAUCUUUCGAACCCCAACCACACCAUGCUAGCUUUGACGUUGUGGUAAAAGCUGCGCAAGCCGGAUGCAAGAUUUGCAAAAGCUUGCUACUGUGGCGCGAACAAUUUGGCCCAGACGAGGCGGGUGAGAAAGAAACAGAGAGCUUCAACACGUACAACUGCUCUGGCAUGGACAACAUCACUUUCCAAGGACAGGCUUCGUGGCUGGGCAAGGGCACUAUUGUUUUACAAAGAUUAGAGUCACAAUGUCCCCAGGAGACACCACCUUGGUGGAUAGACCUAUUGAAAGAUGUCAAAACGGAUCUGAACGAUGAGCCAUGGCGUGUUCGACCGGAUCAGUUUCUCGGAAGAAAUAUCGCACCCAAUACUGGAGACGUGGAGGUCUCCAGACAGGCGCUGGACUGGCUUGACAAAUGCAAAAAUGAACACUCGUUUUGCCAGCAAGUAGAGAGCGUACGAGAACAGAAUUUUCUGCCACCAAGACUGAUUGAGAUUCCUCAGGACGAGCUGUCAGGUUGUCGUCUGGUUGAUACGAAGCCAGAGGUAGGUGCCUACAAAUAUGUCGCCUUAAGUCAUUGCUGGGGCAAAAAUCCGUCUUUCCUGAAUCUGACUGCGUCCAACGAGGCCCAGCUGCGACAGUGCAUUUCAAUGGCAGACCUACCCAAAAGCUUUCGCGAGGCCAUCCAGACGUGCAAGCGACUUGGGAUUUACUACAUAUGGAUUGACAGCUUAUGUAUUCUGCAAUCUGGCUCUGGCUCGAAUGAAGAUUGGCAAUACCAUACUACCCUCAUGGGCGAGGUCUACGCAAAUUGCGAGCUUAAUAUUGCCGUCGCUCGCGCUUCUGAUGCAAGCCAAGGUUGUUACGUUGAUCGAGACGCACAUUUCCUGCAGACGGCUUACAUCUACGAAAGGAGUGGAGUCUUGCCUGACACCAAGGACCCUUUAGAUGCAUGGAUUCAAGCGUCGCAGGAGACACGUGUCGAGGCCAGCCUCACUGUGGUCUAUGAUGCUGAGAAUGAUGGCUUCGCGGGUCCUUCGUCGCAUCAUCCACUUAACAGACGUGGGUGGGUCUUUCAAGAACGACUGAUGUCACCGCGUACAUUACACUUCGGCAUGGACCGAGUCAUUUGGGAGUGUCUUGACAAGGCUUGCAAUGAGUAUUUUCCCACGGGCGUCCCUAACUACCGUUAUACUUUUCCUGGCCGAGAAGUCCACAAACCCUCGCUUGCCAGGCUGAUCCUCAAAUCGGGGCCGUCCAUUUAUUGGGAUGAAGACGAGUUCGAUUCUAUGCAUUACAGAUGGAACAAGCUUGUCGAAGCGUACAGCAAGACUGACUUGACGUAUCCGACCAAGGAUAAAUUAGCGGCAAUCGCUGCUAUUGCAAAGCGAUUUGGUCAGUUUCUGCCGGAUCGGUACGUGGCUGGCCUGUUCCUCUUGCCGUCAUCGUCGUCAUCGCAACUUCCCGACCCGCACCCAGUUGAUUAUGAUCGCGCUAUUUCUCCUGGUGGGCCUCGCUAUGACUACCGGUCUACACCUCUUUUUCGACUUGCCUGGCACACGCUUUCAGAGACAAGUAAGAGGUAUCGCGAGGACGACGAAACGUGGGAGUCUGUAUUCAUCGACACUGGACCCUACUCACUGAUACAGAGCCCGUCUUGGAGCUGGGCAAGCCUAAACUGCGAAAUUUCCAUCGCAGGCUAUCCAUACACCUAUGAUCUCGCUCGAAUAGACGACAUAAGCGUCGAGCUUGCUAAUCCUGACGAUCCGUACGGCCAAGUCGCGGCUGCAGAGAUUACCUUGACGGGUCCGACAUCGGAAAUCGAUGCAUCGGCGUGGCAGGACCACCUUCGUAACCAAAGCCAGAACAACACAUAUAGGAAAGAGAAAUCAAUGCAACAACACAACGACGAGACUCUUACAGCGAUGUUCCUUACAAGUGGUGGAAGUGAGGGUUACAACGCUACGUGUGGGUUACUUCUCACAAGGCAGGAUGCAGAGACGUGGAGACGUGUUGGGUAUGUUGAGCUUAUGGAUCGUGAGGGCAAGUGUUUGGAUCAAGGGACGGUGACGAAGACGAUGCGAAUUGUAUGAUGUCGUAUUCCAGUCGCGUCAGAAUCGUACCUGCCGAAACCGGCG